AUGGCAGUGGUGGAUGAUAGGGAUAAAACCCACUCACAGGAUCGAAUUUUAGAUACAUCAAUCCCAAUGAACAACGAUUACACAAGAGAUCUCAUCAACAAGGUCAUGGCAGCUGAAGCGGUGGAGGCAGAAAAUCAACGUCGUCACCGCUAUCAUGUACCGCUACCGACACCAGCACUGGCAGUAAGGCAUGUCAAUUAUCAGCAACAGCGACUGGAUGCUGAAAAAAUCGGUGGUGGUGAAGAAGACCAGGAACUUAGUCUUGAACUAAGUCUUGGACUUUCAUCGAAUGGUCGAUUUGGGUUUGACCCAAAUGCGAAAAAGAUCAAAAGAACAGCUUCGAUACCAGAAUCAUCUAUCAUUCCGGUAUCUGGGUCUGGUGGUGGAAAUUUGAUAAGAACAUGUUCCUUACCGGUGGAGAGCCGAGAAGAAUGGCUGAGAAGAAAGGAAGAAUGGUUGAGAAGAAAGGAAUUGCAGUCGCAGCGGAGAAUGGAAGCUAGGAGAAGGAAAAACGAGAAGAGGAGACAAUCCAGGACUGCUAGAGAAAGAGAAAGAUACUCUAGCAGUAGAGAGAGGGGUGCUGGAACUGAAGAUGGUGGUGAGAAUAGUAAUAACAAUAACCCAGUAGAACAACAAGGUGCUAGUGCUGAUGGUUUGAUUCGAACAACCUCGUUGGUUCGUCGUGUUGGCGGGAUUGUCUUGAACAAUGGAAAGGAAAUAGAUCAAGUGGUUCCUAUUUCAUCGCCGCCGCUGGGUGGUUCAAUUGGCGGUUCUGGUUCUUCAUCUGGGACUUCAGAAUCUGAUGUUCAAAAACAUGGUCAAGGAAUAACUCCAAUGAAAACUGAAAACUCAAAUUCAGACAGCACUGUUGGACCUCAAAACAUAAAAGCCGUGAAUUUCUUUGAGGGCUCAAACUCGAGCAAAAUUGUUGGACCUCAAGACAAAACAAAGGCCGUGAACUUUCUUGAGGGUUUGAGCUCGAGCAAGAUUCUUGGACCUCAAGACAAAACAAAGGCCGUGAACUUUCUUGAGGGCUCGAGCUCGACCAAAAUUGUUGGACCUCAAAACAAAAAGGUCAUAAACUGGCUCGAGGGACCUCAAAACAAAACAGAGGCUGGGAGGAACCGGCUCGAUGACAUGCCAAGUGUUACUACCAAAGGAAAUGGACCUAAUGGAAAAAGAAUUGAAGGGUUUCUUUACAAGUAUGGAAGAGGUAAGGAAGUGAGAAUUGUGUGUGUUUGCCAUGGAAGUUUUCUCACCCCUGCUGAGUUUGUCAAGCAUGCUGGUGGAGGUGAUGUGCCUAAUCCACUUCAGCAGAUUGUUGUUAAUUCAAGUUCAAGUUAA